AAAUCCACGCGCGUCGUCGACAGUCUCCCUAGUCGUACCUUAAACAUCUUCCUCAUUCAAAUUUUGUCUUAAUAUUCGAUCUCUCCGCCAAUCUUCUUCUUCUUCUUCUUCUCAAUCCCAUCAAUCUCUCUCUCCUCUCUUUCUCUCUCUAAACUUAAAUCCUUCAGACAGUAAUGUCUCCGAUCCCCGAUUAACUGCUCCGAUUGCUAACCCUAAAGAUUCGUACAGGCUUAAAUACGGCAUUAUUUUCUUGAUUUCUAUGCAGAAAUGGCGACCUCGGCGUUCAAAUCGACCACGAAGCGAACGUCGAUCGGGGCGUCGGCGGACGACUCGGCUUCCUCGAACCGGAGCUCGGCUCACCGCCGCUCCCGGAGUCUGAGCCGGUUCUCGCACCGGAUUCUUGCUUCGGCGGCAGAUGACUUCGACGAGGUUCCGGCUCCGAAGGGGAGGUUUGUCAACACGGUCAGGGGCUCCGGUUUCCCGGAGAUCAGCCUCGACGACCUCGCCGUCGAGUUCUUCGGGUCCGGCGACAGAGGCCGUUCGGCUUCGUGCAACUCCGAGGCGAGUCCGGCGAGCGGCGGCUCCAGUGCUGCGCAGAGACGGGGGAGGUCUGUGUCGAGGCAGGGCUCGAAAUUGAAUGGCGGCGGUGAUGCGAAGGGCAGUGUUAGUAGUAAUUCUGGUGGUGGAGGAAGGUUUACUUCCGAUAAUGGUGCUAAUUCGAGAAGAAGACGAUCGGUUUCGGUGGUCCGGUGUCAGAUUAGCGACUCUGAGAGUGAUCUAGAUCAUUCGCAGAAACGUAACAGUGCUAAUCCAAAGAGUAUCAGUAGUGGAAACAGUGAGAUACGUUCGUCUCGCUCUCAUAUGCCGAAAGCUUCAAAUCAUAGACAGGGACUGAGAGGGUCGUUUAGCCAGAAAGAUUUGAGAGCCUUUGAUGAUUAUUCGAGCCAGUCCUCGGUUCUAACUGAUGACGAAGGGAGGGAUACUCCUCACUCCUCUAAAAAUGGAAUUGAGAGGACCAUACGAGCAGUUUAUUCACAAAAGAAGGCACAACAUCCAACCGGGGGGGAUUAUGUGAACAGUAGCUUGUAUGAUGCAAUGAGGGCUGAACUUAGACAUGCCGUGGAAGAGAUUAGAACAGAGUUUGAACAAGCAUUAGGGAACACAAAACCCACAGUUCUGGCAACGGAUAAUGGCUUGUUGUCAAACAGUUCCGACGUACUGCACACUGUCUCUUCAAUCAGGAGGAACUACUCAACAAAAUUGGAAGAGUCUGGGAAGCGUAAACAAGAUUUGUUAUCUGAAAUCGUGUUGGAGGAACAACGCAGCAGGGAACUUUGUAAGAUUGCGAAGGAAUUGCUUCCCGACUCCAAGAACAGUGUUAUUGUUGAUAAACCAUCACAAGUUGGAGCCAGAAGGAGGAGUACGGACAGAAAUAGGAUGUCAAAGAGAUUGUCUGAGGAAGCAGAGAGAUACAUUGAGGACUUCAUCUCAAAUGUUGAAGACACAGAUAUAUCAUCACUGGAUGGAGAAAGAAGUGAUACGAGUUCGAGUUUAGGCGGGAUGACGAAGGCACCAACUACUCAGAGUCCAACGAUGUCUGUACCUCUUCCUGUUGACACGGAUGGGGUUCUAUUGCCUUGGUUGCAGUGGGAGACUGGUAACGAUGCUUCACCUGCACCGUGCAUGAAUAAGACAGAGCCACCGACGACUCCAAAAACCAUGUUAUUUGAUGCUGCUCAGGAAGCGACUAAUACAAGUGAUCGGAUUAAUCUCUCCGGCAGCAGCCGCGGCAGCUGUAGUCCUGGGAUUAUGGAUUCGCUUCCGAGGAAAAUUGUUCGUGAUACUGGAAGUAAUGACGGGUCAAAACCGCAUAGGUUUGACAUGGAGGAGUAUCUCAAGCUUCAAAGCGAGGAAGAUUUUCUCUUUGAAAGAUUUAGACAGCAACAGAGAAUUGCUUCCGGAAGCCUGCUUCUCUGUAAUCAAAUGUAUUUUUAGCAAUACGCGUCUUUGAAGAUUUACUUUUUUUAAUUGCGAACUACAGUGAUCAUUUGUA